AUGUUUGCGCCGAAGUUCGAUCCCAACAAGUUGAAAACAAAUUUGCGCAUUUGUUCUGUUCGACUGAAGAAUCUGUACCAAAAGAAGAACGAGCUGAAUGUCCGUGCCCGAAGAGAACUGGCGGAGUACUUGAAAGCGAAGAAAAUAGACCGAGCUCGCAUUCGUGUGGAACAGAUCGUCCGUGAAGAUUAUUUGCUGGAAGUUCUGGAAAUCAUUGAGCUCUAUUGCGAGUUGCUCGUAACACGACUUGGUCUGAUUACCUCUACAGUAGAGUGCGAUCCAGGUCUGAAGGAAGCCAUAGCCACAAUUAUAUGGGUGGCUCCACGUUUGUCGUAUGAUUGUCAAGAGCUGGAAGUGCUCAAAACUCAAUUUGCGAUUAAGUAUGGUCGUGAGUUUGCUCAAGUUUGCUCGACUAACGCCAACCACAGCGUCAACCCGAAAGUUAUGCACAAGCUGAAUGUGAAAGCACCUCCAGCUAACCUGUGUGAGGCCUAUUUGGUUGAGAUUGCACGCAGUUAUGAGGUGGAGUUCACACCCGACAUGAACCUACUGAACAACGCGCAGUUGAUCGAUCUGGGUGAUGCGCCUGAGCUUCCAUCCUAUCAGUUGAUGUCGCAGGAUAUGCUGCAGCCCAGCAACAUUGCGGCAGCAGGUGGUGGUGGUGUUCCCUAUCCAACAGAUGAGUCAAAGGCGAACCUGAACGCUGCCUUACCUUCGCUUCCACCCGAUAGUGAGUCACCACCCCCUUAUUCCCACCCCGACAUUCCGUUUGAUAAGAAGCCCAAUAGUGAUGAUCAGAUGAAUAAGGAGAGCAAAGGAGGCGGUUCUACACUACCUCCCACAAACGAUGACGAUGACUUCGACGCUCUUUCUGCCCGGUUUAAUAAUCUGCGUAAAGAUAACUAA